AUGACAAGCUGGCCUGAGAAACACGUCGAGGAUGGCAUGUCCAUUAAGCAGAGUUCUGCGAAGGCAUCCAGCGACCAUGACGAGGGUACCACUGACCCCGACAAGACCGGCGCGGGAGAUUCAAACGACUCGCACAAUGCGCAUUCCAGCACAAAUACAAAUGGCAUGAACCAAACCAACGUCAAGCCAUCCAGGCUCCGCCGCUACCUAUCCUUAAUCGCAGAACAGUGGUUCCUCCUCGCCCUCGCCCUGCUCAUCGUCGUCGCCAGCCAAAUCCAAGUCCCCCUCUCCCAACAGGAACUCAAACGCACCAUCACCUCCUAG